AUGAGUAACGCACAAGCUCGGGGCGGUGCCCGGAAGAUUUCCUUCAAUGUCAGCGAGCAGUACGACAUCCAGGAUGUUGUUGGCGAAGGUGCCUAUGGUGUGGUUUGCUCUGCCAUCCACAAGCCCUCAGGCCAAAAGGUUGCCAUCAAGAAGAUCACGCCCUUUGAUCACUCCAUGUUCUGCCUGCGGACGUUGCGUGAAAUGAAGCUCCUCCGGUACUUCAAUCAUGAGAACAUCAUCUCCAUUCUCGAUAUUCAGAAGCCUAGAAGCUACGAAUCAUUUAAUGAGGUCUACCUCAUCCAGGAGUUGAUGGAGACCGAUAUGCACCGCGUCAUCCGCACACAGGAGCUCUCGGACGAUCAUUGCCAGUAUUUCAUCUACCAGACGCUGCGUGCCCUCAAGGCCAUGCACUCUGCCAACGUUCUCCACCGCGAUUUGAAGCCUUCCAACUUGCUUCUCAAUGCCAACUGCGAUCUCAAAGUGUGCGAUUUCGGUCUGGCUCGUUCGGCGGCGUCACAGGAGGACAACUCGGGUUUCAUGACAGAAUAUGUUGCCACCCGUUGGUAUCGUGCGCCCGAGAUCAUGUUGACCUUCAAAGAGUACACCAAGGCUAUUGACGUCUGGUCGGUGGGCUGCAUUCUCGCCGAGAUGCUCAGCGGCAAGCCUCUGUUCCCAGGCAAGGACUACCACCACCAGCUUACCCUCAUCCUCGACGUCCUCGGCACGCCAACAAUGGAGGAUUAUUAUGGCAUCAAGUCCAGACGCGCGCGCGAGUACAUCCGGUCGCUUCCCUUCAAGAAGAAGGUGCCCUUCCGCACGCUCUUCCCCAACACGUCCGACAUGGCUCUCGACCUCCUCGAGAAGCUGUUGGCCUUCAACCCCGUCAAGCGCAUCACCGUCGAGGAGGCGCUCAAGCACCCAUACCUCGAGCCGUACCACGACCCCGAGGACGAGCCGACCGCGCCGCCAAUCCCCGAGGAGUUCUUUGACUUUGACAAGCACAAGGACAACCUGAGCAAGGAGCAGUUGAAGCAGCUGAUUUACCAGGAGAUUAUGAGGUAAAAAACCGUUUGUUGGAAGUGGUUUGCUUGUCUGAGCAAAGUGGGUUGGUUUGUAUACCGUGGAUUUUUGACUGAGCAAGAUCAAGGGUGGGAUGGAUAGGGAUAGCAUAGGGCAGGAUAACAGCAUGUGUGACAAUUGUAGAAAAAGGAGGGAAAUACCUGGGAUGUGAAAUUUGGGGGGCAGGGUGAGGGGCUCCUAUUUAAGUCAUUUUUUUUUUCCUAUCCUCAAUUGGGCGUAUUUGAGUAGUUGAUGAGGGAAAUACCUUUUGUGAAAUGCUCGACUUGUGGGAAGUUGCUGAUAAUUUGCGAUUGAACCUUGUUGCAAUGCCGUCAGUUGCGCAUGGGAAUUGUGGAAAUGAAUGAUACCUCCAGGUGGUAUAGAUAUAAGCCCCAUGGCACA